UGGACGUGACUGGGAGGAGUCUGCCCGCCUCGGGUUUCCGUGCUCGGCCGCGGCCAUGGCGGAGCCCACGGUGUGCUCCUUCCUCACCAAGGUGCUGUGCGCCAACGGCGGCCGCAUGUUCCUGCGGGACCUGCGCGGCCACGUGGAGCUCUCGGAGGCCCGGCUCCGGGACGUGCUGCGCCAGGCCGGGCCCGACCGCUUCCUGCUGCAGGAGGUGGAGAUGAGGGAGGGCCUCUGGGACGCCGAGGCCGAGGCGGCGGCCGGCGCGGGCGGCGCGGGCGGCGCGGGCGGCGGCCCCUGCGCCUGGCGGGUGGUGGCCGUGUCCUCCGCGCGCCUCUGCGCCCGCUACCAGCGCGGCGAGUGCCAGGCCUGCGACCAGCUGCACCUCUGCCGCCGCCACAUGCUGGGCAAGUGCCCGAACCGCGACUGCUGGUCUACCUGUACCCUUUCCCAUGAUAUCCACACACCCGUCAACAUCCAAGUUCUGAAAAACCAUGGGCUUUUUGGCCUCAAUGAGGCCCAGCUUCGGAUCCUGCUUUUACAGAAUGACCCCUGCCUUUUACCAGAGGUGUGUUUGCUGUACAACAAAGGGGAAGCGCUGCAUGGCUACUGCAACAUGAAGGAGAAGUGCAACAAGUUUCACGUGUGCAAGUCCUUUGUCAGAGGGGAGUGCAGACUUCAGAAAUGCAAACGGUCCCAUCAGCUCAUUCAUGCCGCAGCCCUGAAGCUGCUGCAGGACCAAGGACUGAGUGUCCCAAGUGUCGUUAAUUUUCAGAUCAUCUCUACCUACAAGCAUAUGAAGCUGCACAAGGUGCUUGAAAGUCAAGGGAAUUCAGCUUCAGCUGAGUGUUCACAGGGCCUUGAGGAGCCAGGAGUACACGUAGCCGGCGCUCCAGAGGCCAGCCCUCUGGUGCCCGGCCCCGCUCAGUCAGCCAAGAAACCACAUGCAGGUAAACCUUAAAGGACGUCGGUGAAAGAAGAAGCGUGUCCAACUAGAAGGUCUGAAAACAAAGCUUCUGUUGAGCUUAAUUUGUAAGCUCAUUCAUUUCAUCAUUUUCCAGUCACGGUCGUAGUAGUACCUACCUCACAAGUUGUUGUAAAAUCAAAGAGGACGGUGGUCGGGGAUGUGGUUGGACGCUGAGCAGGCAGAGAGGAUAGGACGUGAGUAUGGUUGGGGUCGGUCCAGCUUGCACCGUGAAGAUGGCCCAUCCUGCCCGAAGUCCCCAAGAGCUUUCCCCAGGUCGGCGGGAGCUCCAAAAGGAGUGGGUUCUGCUGACUUGCUCUGUGACCCACCCAGGGUUUUUCCUAUGCGCCCAUAUACACAGUUUACAUAGUGGUAGUUCUAGAAUACGUAUGCUUUGUACUCUUGUUUUUUCUUAAAGUUUCAUAAGCACCUUUCCCUAUUCACAUUUUAUCACGUAUAAUCAUUUGAAUGCACGGAUACACUAACAGAUGAUCGCUUACUUCGCUAUUUCCCUUAUUCUGGGAUAUUUCAAUUCUUUCUCACAAAUUUUGAAUAGGACUCUUAAAAUCCUUACCAUAUUGAAUUUUUAAAUUUCUUCUUUUGCUUAGGCUUGUAGGUGCUAAAGGAUACCGUCUUUUUGGUUUGCGUUUCUUUAAGUAUAUGCAAGUGAGUAUUUUCCUGUGUGUGUUUUCUGUAUGUCUUAUAUGGUGCAUUUCGUGUUUGCCCUUCAGUUCCUGGGGCCCUCCUCUGUGCUGAUAUGGCAUGGCUUUCGAUGAGGUUCCUCGAUUUUCACGAGAGGAUAUCACUUGUACCUGCUCAUAUGAUACCCGCCUCUGUGGAUCUGUCCUCAGCCAGUACCAUAGCUUUAUAACUUUUGAGUGCUCACCAAAGAUUUCUACCUCACUCUAUCCACUCUCCGUUUUUUAUUAAAUUUCUUUGCCAAAGCUCCAUUGCUGCCGUUUAAACAGUAUGUUGUUCCUCUGUUCCUCGAAGUCGUAUCCAUUCUUUCUGUGGAUCAGGAGAGACCAUCAGAAACCUAUAUACCUCACCCAUUUCACGUUGCCUUUAUCUCCCUUCUCCACCCCGGCCAGCUUCCUUCAUCCAGUUAAGCUCAGAUGUUUGGUUCUUUGUUUUCAUUGAGGGGUACAGAGAAGCAGCAUCAUGAGAUCUUUUUCUGGGUUUCCUGUUGUGAUAUCCCCAAAUGUCAGUGUGUAAAGUUUUGUUUGUUUUUAAGUUUAAUUUUCCUGCGAUAACACAUUUGAGAAAUAGGGACAAGGGUAGUGAGUUUUUUGUAAAGGUGCAUUAAUUUAGUUUAGAAGCAUGUUUUAUCAUGAAAUGCUGUCUUCUCUAUUGGGGAAGGUGUGCAGAAACAUCCUUUUCAGAGUGAGAAAUUGCUGUGUUUUCUCCUCAUGGACAAUGAGAGUCACGCGGUUAAUCUUUUCACUUUGGUUGUCCACAGCAGUAUUUCUGAAAGCCCUUCUGUUCUGCGUACCUUGUUACCUUUUUCCUAGUUCUGAUUUUUCCUGGUGCUAUUUUUUUACAAAAUUAUUUUUACAUUUUAUUAUUAUUAUUUACAUUUUAUCCUUUUACUAUGUGUAUUUUUGCUAUGAGCCAUCUAAAAUUCUUUUUUAAUUUUUCAUUAAAUUUUUUUAGCCAUCUUAAAUUCUUAAUGGAAAGUGUAGGGUAUAAAUGUAUAUCCUGUCUAUUAAGAGACUUGGUGGACUUUUACAGUAUUGUGGUUUUUUUUAUAAUCUUCUAAUUAUGCUUUUAUGUGCAGUUAUUAGCCUUCUGUAAUCUCUGUUACAAUAUUUUAUGUAUAGUGAAUACAUAGGGAAUGUAUAAUAUUCCCUUUAAAGCUUAGUUCUGUUAGUAUUCAUUCUGUAAAGAUAUUUUAUAUAAUUAUACUUGACCCUCAUUUCCAGCUCAUGAUUCAGCUGUUGGAAAGUUACUACGGGAGAAUUGGAGAUGAUUUUUCUUUGGUCAUUUAUCAGGGCGUAUGAGGGAAGGUGCACAUCCAUAGACCCCACAAAUUCAACAUAACCUAGGUUAAAUAUUAACUUUCCUAUAGACUCGUCCCUUCUUUGGUUUCUUUAUUUUUGGAGUAUCAACAGACUACCAACUUAAAGCAAAACCCUACAAAUUGUCCUCAUACUCGUCUUUCUCCUGGUUCCUUAUGUCAGACUGGUUACCCAGUGUUGGAGAUUAGUUUCCCUUCAGAACUCUCAAGUUUUUGUCCUCCUCUGCCCCUUUCUUUCCAUCCCCUACACACAGCCUUGUUUCCAAUCCUCAUCAGCUCUUGCUCUUAUGCCACAGAUCCAGGACUCCUUGGUUUUCCGGUUCUGUCUUGUGAGAGUAUUUUUAUAGAAGGUGUGAGGUAGCCCCCUGCUUUCCUUCAGUGAUGGCAGCCCCAUUUUAAUUUUUCAUACAAUAGGCUUUUGUGGAUUUCAUUGGUCUCCUUACCACCUUCUACCCACCCCACCAUCCCCAAGCCUUCCACCCUGUGCCCAGUUGGGCUUUUGAAAUGCAGAUCUAAUCACAUGCUAUCUUUUGCCAUAACCUUCAUUGGUCCCCACAAUGCAAGGUAGGAGUCAUAAACUCAAAUGCCUUCUUGGAUGAGACAGGUGACCUAAAUGGAUGAUGUGAGCUGGCUGUAAGAGAAAUGGGGGGAGAGAGGACGUGUCGUAGCAAGCUGCCCAUCUGAGGGGGCACCUGCCUCUCAUACCCAUGUGGGCGAGCAGACCCAGGCUGUCAUGUUGUCCAACUAGUCGAAAGAAGCCAGAUCCAGAUUUUAUGAUACAUUUUCAGGUUUUUAAAUAUUGGCCUUUGACUGAGUUUUGAAAAUGCAGACCAAUAUUGUGUGUACUGACCUACUUGUAAUUUUUGGAAUGUGCCAUUUUAUUUUAUGACUCUCUGUUUGUAAAGGAUGUUCCUGUUAAGUGCCAGUCCUUCCCUCUUCCUGCCUUGAAACCUGGCAAAACCAGAUUCUUUAAAAUGCUAGUUAGUCUUUCCUGACCCCAAGAGAGGCCAUUCUCUUAGCAUUCUCAAAGUUCUCAGAGUACUACUUGCUUUGCCAGGCUUUCUGCUUUAACUCCCGAGCUUUGAGCCAAAACAAAACCGUAAUUUCUUCUUUUUGGACACUUCGCAGUGAAGAAGUGUUUUUUGUCAUGUAAUGAAUCAAACUCUGUGUUUGAAUCCAUGGAAUCAGCAUGAUACUGGUCUUCAUUGUUCUUUUUUGCCCCCACAUAUAUAUUUUUAAUUUUCAAAAAGUCUUUUUUCCCCUAAGGAAUGUGUUAUUUAAGGUAAACAUCUUUUUGGUGCUUCAUUUGGAAUCAUCAAGGUCUAAAAUGAACUGUUUAAGACUUAUGCUUAUGACACUAAUUCCUCCCAUCAAGGAAUUAAUUUGCUUCCUUACUGAUGGGUUCCUUGAUUUCUCUCGUGAUAAUUUGUUCUUGGUUUUAUCUAGGCCUUAUAUAUCCCUUAUUACAUUAAUUUUUUCUUGGCUAAAUACAUCUGUAUUGCUACUCAGUAUGGGAAUCUCUGUCAUUAGAAUGCUAUUAAUUUUUUAAAUGUUUGUCUUUUGUUGAAUUAUCUUUGUUCUACCAGUGUUAGGUGGCCUUUUUGUUUCUUCCAAAUGUAAAACCAUAGCUGCAAAAAAGACAUAUUUGUCUUUUCUUGUGUAUUUCUGUUUUGCUUUGUGUUAAAUAAAAUUGUGUUAAAAUAUUAAUUUUGAUGUUUCUUCAUUACAUAUGAAGUUUAUUGUUGGCUUUAAACAAAUGUUCUCUAUUUAAUAAGGGAAAAAACAUUUAUUGUUGGAAGCUUUUAGUAAGAAUUGGUAUCUUUGUAUAAUCAUAUAAUUUUUAUCAUUUAACCACCUAACAUGAUUAUGUUACUGGUUUUACUAUAUUAAAACCUCCUUAAAUUCUGAGUAACUCUGUUAUGACCUAUGUUCUUUUAAUGUAUUUCUUUUCACUAUUUGGUAAUUUUUAUUAUAAUUAUAUACAUCUAUACAUUCAUAAAUAAAAUUGAUUUAUAUUUUA